UCAACAUCCGGUUGCUAACGUUCACUUCCUGUUCCUAAGAGGAGACGGCGCAGGAAAAGAGUGUCUUUGGAUAAAGAAAAUAAUACGUAUAAUAGUGUGUAUUCGCAUACCUGAUCCAUCAUGUCGGGACAGAACGCUCUCAACAUGAAGCAGCCGCCGAUCCAGUCGACGGCUGGAGCCGUGCCGGUGCGAAAUGAAAAAGGUGAGAUCUCUAUGGAGAAGGUGAAGGUGAAGCGCUACGUAUCAGGUAAGCGGCCCGAUUACGCCCCUAUGGAAUCCUCGGACGAGGAAGAGGAAGAUUUCCAGUUUGUGAAGAAGGGCAAGGAGGCAGAACCUGAGGUGGAGCUGGAGGAAGAAGAGGUGUCCGACCCUCGGCUGAAGCGUCUGAUGAACCGUGUCUCAGAGGAUGUGGAGGAAAGGUUGGCACGACAUAGACAGAUUGCUGAGCCAGAGCUGAUGGCAGAGGCCAGUGAGGAGUCAGACGAAGGAACAUGGCAACCUGAACGCGACGAGAGCAGCGAGGAAGACGAGGAGGAGGAAGAGGAAGUCGAUGAUGAGGAAAUCGAGAGGCGUAGGGCGAUGAUGCGUCAGCGAGCUCAUGAGCGCAAGAAUGAAGAAAUGGAGAUCAUGGAGGUGGAAGAAGAGGGCAAAUCUGGGGAGGAGUCAGAGUCGGAGUCAGAGUAUGAGGAAUACACAGACAGCGAAGACGAGACAGAACCACGGCUCAAACCCGUCUUCAUCCGCAAGAAGGACAGGGUGACUGUGGCUGAGCGCGAGGCAGAGGAGCUGAGGCAGAAGGAGCUGGAGGCUGAAGCCAAGAGACAGGCGGAGGAACGAAGGCGCUACACCCUCAAGAUCGUGGAGGAGGAGGCAAAGAAAGAGUUUGAGGAGAAUCGACGCACGCUGGCCGCCCUGGAAGCGUUGGACACGGAUGGAGAGAACGAGGAGGAGGAGUACGAGGCCUGGAAGGUCCGUGAGCUCAAGCGCAUCAAGCGGGACCGUGAAUCGCGAGAAGCCAUGGAGAAGGAAAAGACUGAAAUUGACAGGUUCCACAACCUCACAGACGAGGAGCGCAGGGCUGAGCUCCGGAACAGUGGCAGACAGGUUACCAACAAGGCCAUUAAAGGGAAAUACAAGUUCCUCCAGAAGUAUUACCACAGAGGAGCCUUCUUCAUGGACGAAGAGCAGGACGUAUUCAAGAGAGACUUCAGUGCCCCCACCUUGGAGGACCAUUUCAACAAGACGAUCCUUCCCAAAGUCAUGCAGGUCAAAAACUUUGGACGCUCCGGACGCACUAAGUACACGCACUUGGUGGACCAGGACACCACCUCCUUCGACUCCCCGUGGGCUCAGGAGAGUGCCCAGAACAGCAAGUUCUUUAAACAGAAAGCAGGGGGUGUGAGAGAUGUGUUUGAGCGUCCCACUGUACAGAAGAGGAAGACCUGAACUUGUCCCCAAUGGGGCAGACGAGUGGGGUUGGGGAAGAUGUACAUUCAACUGAUAGACCCAGACUGACGCUCGCCCUAGACCACCCACCACAGGAACAGCUGUGUGUCAGACAGGACUUUCUGUUCAUAGCACAGUGGGAGCCCAUGGAUACACACGCAUUUCUCCUAAGUGAUUAUUUUGGAUAUGUUCUAUUUUCCUGAUAUGGGGAUAGCAUGGGUGCUCACUUUUUUCCCAGGGAAUGCCAUUUGUCAGUCUACGUACAUUAUCAGUUUAAUCUGUCAGUUUUCUGUGUAAGUAAAACAUAAAGGCAUUGUUUUUUUCUAGGCUAAGAGUUUUAUUCCAUUUUCUCAUUUCUUUAUGAAAUUGUGUAAAUAACUUAAUUCUUGUAUUGUUAACCGUGGUCUGGAGUGUUCGCAGCUUUUAUAGAUUGAUUAAAUCCAGUAAUUCCA